GUGAUUGGUGAUUGCCAGCUGGCAGCUUCUGCCCACACCAAGUUUAUCUUUACACAUAAACCGUUACAUAACUUUAGAGCCUCUACGUAGAAACGAACCAGCGAGUUUGAGUACACUUCCGGAGAAAUCAGCCAAUAUGGAUCCUUAUUCGGCAGAAGGCGAGCUUAUCAACAUCCACAACCACUUCCACCAAGGCCAAUACCAAGAAGUAAUCGACUUCGAUACUUCCGCCCUCUCCCCCGAAAAUGAGCUGCCCGCUCGAGUGCUCUCUCUCCGCGCACAAAUCGCUUUAGGACAAGCCGAAGACGUGAUCGCCGAGGUUCAAGGAGAGUCGGAACCCGAGCUGGCUGCGAUAGGCGCUCUGGCGCAAUACGUUUCGGGGGAGACGGACGAGGCGGUAAAGACCAUAGAAGAGUUAGCCUCGUCAGCCGGCGAUAACCAGACCGUCCAAGUUAUCGGUGGCACAGUAUUGCAGGCUGCUGGCAAGUCGGAGGAGGCGCUUGCACUCUUGUCGCAACAUUCCGGCAGCCUUGACGCCGUCGCCCUAAUCACGCAAAUACACCUCCAACAAAACCGGACUGAUCUAGCCCUCAAGGAAGUCGCAGCAGCACGAAGAUGGGCGCAAGAUAGUCUACUUGUUAACUUGGCAGAAUCAUGGGUUGGCCUGCGAUUGGGAGGAGAUAAAUACCAACAGGCUUUCUACGUAUUUGAAGAGCUCGCGCAAGCCCCCUCGACAUCCUCGAUCGUCUCUCUCGUCUCCCAAGCCGUAUGUGAGCUUCAUCUAGGCCGCGUCGAAGAGGCGCAGAGUGCCCUCGAGCAAGCCGUGCAAAAGCAGCCUGACUAUGCCGAGGCCAUUGCCAAUCUACUAGUCCUAACGAUCAUAGUUGGCAAGGACCCUAAGGAACUUAUAAGUUCCCUAAAGAAGACUGCACCUCAACACCCUUACCUAGUCGAUCUCGAAGAGAAGAGCGCGUUGUUUGACAAGGCCGCCGCGAAGUACAGUGCCAAGGCGUCGGCUUAAUAGGAGAAGGGCAAUAAAAAGGGUCGAGGUGGGUGUUUAAACUGUCGUAGACAUUGGAGAACGGGUUGUAAAGAAAAGGCGAAUACCUUUGGUUAUGAUAAUUCAUGAAUACAAUGAAUGUCCUGCAUACGAUACCUUGCCGUUGGCUCUUACUAUGUGUUCUCAUUCCUUGGCGAAACGACAUCUAGAAAAAACCACGAACAAUUGCCCAUGGAACGAGGGGCUUAACCGCAACAAUCCGGUCGUGGUUAUAGGAAUUUCCGGAUUAGGCAUUCCGGGGUCAAUUACCAUGGAGGCACAACUGGCAUCACUCAAGAAAGAGAUACUACAGGCCAAUUCAACGCGGUUGACAUCACUAUACUUUGAAGAGUCGGUAUAUAGGGGAUUCGAGACUUUAUCAGAAUGCACAAUGAUGCCUAGACUUCUCAUAUGUGGGUAUGACAAGGUGAUAAGGUGAGCAGGUGAACAGUUCUAUCUGACAACUGCAAUAGAGCAUUAUCG